UACUCUCCAGUAGUGAUUACUCAAACGAACUCUAUCCUGCACCCCACUAGCACUCUCACUUUCCUCUCUUUUGCCCCAUUACUCUGACUAACAGAUACAGAAUAUCUAUUUAAGCAGAGAGGACAUCCACCUUUUGCAUUUGUGCUCUCUGCAACCACAGAUUCUCAUUUCAUGUCCACACUCAUUUUCCUACACCUUUUAUUAAUCUAAUCUUUCUCCAUAUUUAAAUGCCUCUUUUCCCCCUCCAAGCUCUCCACCUCUUUUCUUCCCUUCAGUUUUUUCCAUUUAUAUUAUGAUUUUAAAUCAUAUUAGCUAUUAUAUAGUUCUAGAUUUGUUUAUCUGCUGCAAGCUUGGAUUAAGAAAAGGAAUGCUGAAAUCAACUCCAGUUCAUCAUUCAUCACUGAAGUUCAGUUCUGAACUCAACUUUCAAGUAAAACUCCAUGCUUUUCUUCUAUGGGCUUCCAUCGGAUUCUUAAUGCCUGUUGGAAUACUCAUAAUUAGGAUUUCUAGCAGGGUUCAAUGCGGCAGAAGGCUUAAAAUUAUAUUUUUAUCUCAUGUUGUGUUGCAG